ACCAUGCCUUCUCUCAUCUCGCCCUCUCCGCUGACUUCCUCAUACGAAUCUCGUCCUGGCCCAGCUUCACUUAGCAGGAACAUCCACGCAGAUUCUCCUGUCCUUGUCCACUCGCUCCUCAGGCCACACUCUUCCACUCUAAGCUUGGCCGUCGAUGGCAAGACAAUAUUCAGCGGUAAUCAGGCUCAGGAUAUCUGCGUCUGGUGCGCUGAAACAUUCACUUUGAAGAGUAUACUCAGGGGCCAUACGGGCAGUGUGCUGGCUCUCGAGUACGCACCCGACAGACAGUGGCUCUUUAGUUCUUCAGGUGACAGCACGAUUCGAAUAUGGUGCACUCGUACUCUGCGUCCACUUUAUGUCCUCAAUCCAUACAUGGAAUCCGAUGCCGGCGACAUAUUCUCACUUGCGUGGUCUCCGACCCACCAGACGAUCUAUUUCGGCUGCCAAAACACCUCCCUGCAAUGGUAUACCUUCCCGCCUGCCACCACAGCGUCUUCCUCGCCACCCUUUCCUUCCGGUGUUUCAUCUUCGUCUAUCGACUCCACCUCCCUCCCCGGUUCCGGAAGAUCCACCCCCACGUCUUCUAAGAAAGCUGCUCAUAAAUUCUUCGACUCGUAUCCCCGCUUUCAAAGACGUCCAGCGGAUACGCAUGCAUCGAACAACGUCGUUCCCGGAUUCUCCCACCUGCAUCUCCACGAUGUCGACACAACAGGUCACAUCAGGUUAGACCGGCCAGAGAGCCCGAAGGAGUUCCUCAACGUCGAUCCUGGGAAUAUAAUUCCUUCGGCCCACUACGGGUACGUGUACUGUAUGGCCUUGCUCCCUUCUGGGAGAGAGGGAUCGGACGAUCCCCUGUCCAAUAGCUCGUCGGUUCCAGUGCGCUUAGUGACCGGAGCUGGAGAUGAGAGCGUGAAGCUGUGGUCAUGUACGGCGUCGGGGGGACUCGAGCUACUUCAUACGCUUGAAUGCGAACACGGCGCCGUGCUGUCCCUCUGUACGCGCGGGGAUUUGAUAUACGCUGGCUGUCAAGACGGAUAUGUGAAGGUUUGGGAUACGCAAACGAAAACGCUCGUGAGAACGAUCAUUGUCCAAGAGAACGUCGAUAUCCUUUCACUUGCCAUGCUACAUUCCGACUUGUAUACGUUCUCGGCAGAUGGGCAGAUCAAGCGUUACUCGGAUACCUUUGACUGUACGGCCUCUUGGUCUGCUCACUCUGGCAUCGUCCUCUCGUCCGUGAUAUUCCGACACAAAGCUUCCCAAGAAUGGAGACUUGUGUCCGGAGGUAAUGAUGAUGCUAUCCAUGUAUGGAAAAUCACGGCUCCCGAGGCCACCGGUGAAAACACUUCCACCCCCGUUUCACCUACGCAAAUUGGGGAUAUACACAACGAUUUGGACGGAAUAACAGGGGCAGAAUCGCCCAACGAUAUCCUGGUUUACGCCCUCUCCAAGUUUGUAUCCAUCCCGAGCGUGAGCAGUGAUCCAGCCCGCCGAGAAGAUUGCAGACAAGCAGCGAUUUGGUUGACGAAAUGCCUGCACCAACUCGGGGCAAGUGCGAAAUCGUUAUACACCAAUGACGUGCACAACCCUAUUGUGUUUGCGAGGUUCGAAGGCGCACAGACAGAACGACGAAAACCAACGAUAUUGUUCUAUGGUCACUACGAUGUCAUCUCCGCCCCCUCCGAAAACUGGGAAACCCCUCCCUUCCAUCUCACAGCCCGCAACGGCGUUCUAUACGGUCGCGGUGUCGCCGACGACAAAGGGCCGGUACUCGCGGUGGCUUGCGCGGCGGCUGAGCUGCUGAAGAAGAGGCAGCUGGGCUGUGAUUUGGUUAUGAUGAUCGAAGGUGAGGAGGAGGCGGGGAGCGUUGGGUUCGAGGAAACAGUGAAGAAAUACAAGGAGUUUGUUGGUGAUGUGGAUGCGAUUCUGGUUAGUAACUCGACAUGGCUGUCCUCUGAUGUGCCGUGUAUUACAUACGGACUGCGAGGCGUCAUCCAUUGUAAUGUGGAGAUAACAUCGGGUGGAAAGGAUGCGCAUUCGGGCAUUGAAGGUGGCGUCGUAGCGGAACCUAUGCAGGAUAUGAUCCAGCUUCUGUCCACGCUCACCGACCGAAAUCGUAGGGUUCUCAUCCCCGGAUUCUACGACCGAGUCCGGCCGCAGGACGACGAGGAGAAGAUGCUGUUCACUCUUUUGGAAUCCGUUACACAAAGCCCAGCAUCAUCGCUCGCCGCGAGAUGGCGCGAACCCUCGUUGACGAUCCAUAACUUAGAGGGGUCUGGACCACGUAACCCGACUGUCAUUCCGGCCGAGGUAAAAGCACAGGUCUCAUUGCGAAUUGUGCCGGAUCAGGACCUAGAAGUGGUCGCGCGUGCUUUGUGCAGAUACCUUGAGGACUCCUUCGGAGAGAUAGAAAGCUCAAAUAAACUCAGCGUAACGGUGGACCAUUCUGCGGACUGGUGGCUCGGGAAUCUCGAGCAUCCCUGGUUCAAAGCUCUGGAAGGCGCGAUCACACAGGAAUGGGGUGUCGAACCGCUGAGAAUACGAGAAGGAGGGUCAAUCCCGUCCGUGCCGUUUUUGGAGAAGGAGUUUGCCUGUCCUGCGCUACAUCUUCCAAUGGGACAGAGUGCGGCUCAAGCACACCUUCCAAAUGAACGGAUGUCGCUGUCCAAUUUGCACAAAGGAAAGUCUGUCGUUGAGAGGUUUUUGCUCUCCGUCGCUGCUAGUGAGGUGCCUCCUGUAUAAACAGCGUUGAGCGUAUUGAUGGUUCAAAUCUGAAGAAUAUUCUUGUAUUGUUUUGUUAUUGCUCUUACAUUUGCUCUGUAUAUAUACGUGGAACUACAUACUAAAUAAUCCCAGUAAUGCGUCACCUG